AUGGGAGGAUCAGGAGCCGUCUUUGGAAAGCAAAUCACCUACACUCUUUCACCAUUCCGUCAAAGAUUGUUUGUCAACUACUUCAAGAAUGCCGUACCACAUAUCAAGCGUGGUGUUCGUGAGCAUUCACUUGCCAUUGUACCAUACUUUGUUGCUUUGGGUGUCACUGUCAACUGGGCAAAUCACUCUUACCACGAGGAUAGAAAGGGUAUUACAAAGCAAAACAAAAAUGCAGUAUUAUAUCUACUACCUGCUUGUUAG